AUGAACGCGGCAGCUCAAGUUGGAUUCUGUGUUCUUUACACUGGGAGUCAAGUUGCUCUGAAAGUUUAUGAAACUCGGGCGAUGAGGGAGUUUCGAAUUCAACAAGAAGAAUUGCGGCGACAAUACGAAGAAAGCAUGAUGGAAAGGCUCAGGACAUGGCAAACAGAACACAACACCGCAAUGGCAGAGGCGCAACAACAAUCAGACGAACGUCAUCGCAAUGCUAUCAAUGAUCGUGAUGCUCGCUUUGCAGAAAUGCGAAAACAAAUUGAUAAGAUUCAAACCGAUUAUGAUGAGACGAUGAAGGAACUCAGGAGAGAGUAUGACGAGAAAAUCGAAGAAAGAAACAGGGAAGUUGCAGAGAAAACAGAACGAAAUGCAUUAGCUCAUAAUCAACAUUUGGAACAUCUUAAUGAGCAGCAAAAAAUUGAGAAAGCAGAAGCAGAUCGCGCAUUAGAAACUUGCAAAGUUGAACAUGCCGAAGAAGUUAGAUUAUUGAAUGAAGAAACGGAGAGAUUCGAGAAAGAAAGAAAAGAAACAGUGGAUAGUUUAAUGAAAGAAAUGGAAAAACAGAUUGAAGAUUUUGACAGAAAAAAUAAAACACUUCAUCGAGAAAAUGAAAAGUUGUCUAUUCUAGCAGCAGAAGAAAGAAGAAGUCAUCUAGUAGCUGAAAAUGAAUUGAGAAACCAAAUGAUUUCUGAAACCAUUUCUACAGUAAAGAAUACUUUGACAUUGGCGGCAAACGAGGAUUACUGUAAAAAAUAUCAGGACAUUUUGAAGCCGAUAGAUGACAUAACAAGUGCUAUCAGUGCAGCCGAGUCUUGUUACAAAAAAGCAAAAUAUAAAACAUCUUUAAUUAAACCUGGAUCAAUAAGUGUUUUUGACCAAGACAUGAAGACUGGAAUUCAAGAAUGGAAAUAUAAGAGGAAUGAAUUCUAUCGGUAUUCCAUAUCGGCUUCAAACGUUCCCGCCAAUAUACGUUGUUCACUGAUGGAAAUUACUGACGAUAUCGGAAAAAUGAUCAAUAGUUUCGACAUUAGUGAGAUGGAAAUCAUGUCGACCGCAUAUGAUAUCGGAGAUUUAGACAAGAUGGAAUCACAAAUCAAGCUUCUCAAAGGUUUUAAGGCCAAUUUGAUCAAUGCGAAAUCUGAAUAUCGACAGAUAUCAUUGAAGAUUACGGAGGAUAGUACUGCCUUACCACCCAAAAUGCCUCAAAUGAAACUAGAGGAAAAAGUUGGGAGUGAAUUAGAAAAUCCAGAGUAA